AUGCCACCCGUUAUUAUCAUGUGGCGAUCCAUGUUUCGGCGAUUAACCAAUCGGUCAGCUAUCAGUGACGACGAAGCCUCGGAGGCUGGCGACGUUGUGGUUCCCAUCUCCACCGUCAAGCACAACGAUGACGACGUAUUCAGGGACAAUGAUGCCACCAUCACACAAGUCAAGGGCGACACACUGAACGGAAACGAGGACGAUGAAGAAGACAAGGAUGAAAAAGAAGAAGAAGAAGAUGGAGAAGACUUGGAGCCGGAUGAAUUCAUCGUCGAGAAGAUCGUGGGGCACAUCUAUAAGCAGGGUGCCUUGAAGUUCAAAGUGAAAUGGGAAGGCUGGGACUCGGAAGAAGAUUUGACUUGGGAGGAUGAGGAUAACCUCAGAGAAAACGCUUCAGACAUUCUGGACGCAUACCUAGAAUCCGUGGGCGGCCGAGAUAACAUCGCCGGGCAGUCCAAAAAAGGCACACAAAAGAAGCGCGGUCGACCUUCUUCAACCAACACACCCACGAACGGUACGAAACGCUCAAAACGCGGGAGUCAUCCGGCGUCAUCCACUCCACCCGCCAGCGCUGCCAAGGCCUGGACACCCCCAGCCGGUUCCUGGGAAGACCAUGUCGCCUCGAUCGAUGCUUGCCACGACGAGGAAACAGGCAAGCUAAUUGUCUACUUGUCAUGGAAGAACGGCCACAAAACACAACACGACACCAAGAUUGUGUACUCGAGAUGUCCCCAGAAGAUGCUACAAUUCUAUGAGCAACACGUCAAGAUCGUCAGUCCUACACCCAAGGCAGACGUGGAUUAGGACAUGGGGGUAGGGGCUCAUCAGGUAACUAGUGUAGGAUAUUAUGCUUGUCAGCUCAGCUGUGGGCUUGACCAGCAGCACUCUUCUGUAUGUUGAGGACAGGAAUGAAUGGCGUUUACGGCUUCAGAAUUUUUGGUAUGGUUAUGAGAACUUGGCGCAGUAUUUAAACGCUGCGCAGUACUUGGCAGUUGAGAUCUAACGCAGUAACUACCAAAAAGUCCAAUCUGCAUAGGCCAGAGGACCUCUCAAUUGCCACACUGACUGUUCCGCAGUAUAUGAAUGUCCUCUGUCUAGUACCACCAGACUUGUGUGCCUUGUUAUCAGACACCAACUGGGAAACUGCAGGUCCA